AUGUCUCAUACAUUUCCUGGCGGUCACAACGAGGGGAAAUUCCCCAGCUAUGAGAAUGGUACCUUCCGAACAAUUGAAUGGGCUGUCCUCGAAGUCCCUCCGAAAGCCAUACAUUACUUCAGUAAUCUGCCGUUCGGCUGGGUUCCCAAGAAUGACUUGGAGUUCAUUCGGCUAUUCAUGCAGACGUGGAGAGAAGACUGGAUGAAUUUCUGUCGAGACGCCAGAAGCGCUCUAAGCCGCCUUCGCUCCCACCAACUGACCGUUCGAGGCAAAGAUGACCUCUUGAUCGACGCAGUUGCCGAGAAUAUGCAGCAGUGGACCCGAAUUCAAGGGGCGCUGGAGGAACAGCUCAGCCAGGCGCGUCACUUUGUCUCACAAUAUCAACGCUACAGCGAAACUCGUCGGUUCAGUGAGCAAAUGCAUCAGACCAUCAACGCCGCGGAGCGAGACAUCCAAAACCAAGAGUUCGCCUGGGUCUCUAUCAACGAAGCGCAUCGGUCAACCAGCUUGGCAACGAGUCUGAAGCGGAUCAGCUGGAUUACUUUUGUCUUUCUCCCUCUUAUGUUCGCAUCCAGCCUCUUCGGAAUGAACGUGGAUCUACUGAAAGACGAUCCGCCCUGGAGAUGGUACCCGCUCGUUGGGGGGAUAUUGUUACUCUUGACGGUCAUUGCAUGGCUGUUGUCCAAGUUCACCAACAUUGAAAUGUGGGCUGAACGCAGAGCGGAACUGAUAAUGAAAAGGGCCAGACGACGACCAGUCGAGAAGGACUUGUAUCUGCUAUGA